GUAGAACUAUUAGCAACUAUGCAUUCACGUAAUUCCCGGAGGACAGUCCAGCAACAGUAAAAGCCCCAGACAGUCACUAAAUGACUCGACUCAGGAGUACGGUACCAGCUAUUACCUGCACAGACUGCCACUCGCAUUGAGAGGUGGCGAUGGUUAGCUGUCCCUCGAGGCGGGCAUCGUGCCACCCCAUCAGAACUUUUCAGGACUUUUCCAUCUACGUGUGGUGCUUUUGGUGAGGGUGGAGGAGAGGGGAUGGAACCAGCUGAGGGAAACCAGAAUGACAACCUCCCGAAGGCAAAGGAGGAGUCAAUUACUGGACAGAAGUCGUAACAGUUACAUAAGUUAGUGGCAGCAAGUCUUUCGCCCCAAAGGCACGUCUCAUGUUUCUGACUCAGCAGGUGCUGCAGUGUCGGAGCUUAAAAACUUGCGCACUUUUCUACUAAACCUUCCAUCCAAGCCUUCUUCUUCCGCGGCAUUUGGCAAAAAGCAAAGAUACAAAAGGUGAUAGAAGAAAGAGAAGCAUUGCUUCAUUAAUUAGGCUCCACACUCGUCGCCAUUGGGUAAGGCCAGCAAAGCUCGGUUUCUUAAAACCAAGUGUAGAAGUGUAGAAGAACCCGAAUCCUCGGUUUCAGAAAUUCGUGGUUCGGCACGGUCGUACCGGUACUUGUCGACAACCUGCAAGCACACUUUACCCACGCUAUCGUCUGUGCUGCAACCGUACCGUACAUUUCAGCUCUCGGUUGAUUGCCAACUGCCGAUCCCAUUGCUAUCCGCCGCGAACGGCCCUACUGACACCACCACCAAUCACUGUAUCUUUUGGAUUCCGACCAACCAACCAUCACAUCCCGGCUCCACUCACCCCUUACUACAUGCCUCGGCUACUAAGUUGUCCUGAUCGAAUCAUUUUAUCAUGAGGUUGCUACCAACACAGUUCUUCUUGUCAAUGAUGUGGGCUGUUGCUUUGCUCUUUCUUCUACUGGUGACAAGCUCAGAGUCCAACCCCAUGCGUCCGCUCACCUUUGGAUCGACAAGGCAACGACCGAGGCAGAUGGUUGGCCAGAUCAAUGCCUGGGGAAUCGGUGACAGCUACAGGCUUCUGUUGAGACCUUUUUCUAAGGCUACCAGUCCGUUUUUGACUACAAGACGAACUGCAGAAAGAGCUGCCUCGGCUGUCGCCACUAUCCACCGCGGGGGUGACGACAAUGGCGCCACAAGCCCUCCUAGUGACCUCAGCAGCACCGACAAUAGUGUAGAUGGUCGGAUCACCCACACUCCCCACCAUGGAUUGACACCAUUUCCUCCUCGCGGUGGAGCACGAAAACACAUGACAAGCGACUCCCGGCAAGAUAACCAAACAGCACCUUUGGCGAGCCUGUCAGAGGCACAGCAAGACCCACAAUUCAGAGCAGCUCUGGGAAAACAGGACGACUUUGUAGAGACAGUCUGCCACCCUCAUGAGUCAAGGUUUUCUCUUUUUCCCAUUGAAAAUCCUGAUCUUUGGAAGCUAUACAAACAACACGUGGCAUCUUUCUGGACUGCCGAAGAGAUUGAUCUAUCAGCAGAUCUGUCUGAUUGGCAUGGCAAGCUAAACGACCAAGAGAGACACUUCAUAUCCAUGGUCUUGGCUUUCUUUGCAGGGGCAGAUGGAAUAGUCGUAGAAAAUCUUGCCGAACGCUUUUGUCGGGAGGUGACUGUACCAGAGGCUCGCUGUUUCUAUGGCUUCCAAAUGGCAAUGGAGAGCAUUCACCAAGAGACAUACUGCUUGCUUAUCGACACUUACAUUAGCAACCCGAGCGACAGAGAAAUCCUAUUCUCUGCGCACAUCAAUGUACCGAGCGUGGCUCUCAAAGCAAAGUGGGCCCAACGAUACAUAUCUGCGCAGGUGUCUUUUGCAGAACGGCUGGUAGCAUUUGCCGUUGUGGAAGGUAUUUUCUUCUCGGGUGCCUUUUGUGCCAUUUUUUGGCUUAAAAAGAGGGGGCUCAUGCCCGGGCUGACCUUUUCGAAUGAAUUGAUCAGCCGAGAUGAGGGCCUGCACUGCUCCUUUGCUUGUCAGUUAUACUCCAAGCUGGAGCGAAAAUUACCAGAGCAUCAUAUCCACCAACUAGUGGGGGAUGCCGUGCAGGUGGAAAAGGGGUUUGUCUGCGAUGCAUUGCCAGUUGAUCUUAUUGGCAUGAACGCCAACCUAAUGUCACAAUACAUUGAGUUUGUGGCGGAUCGGCUGCUGAUGGACCUGGGAUACCGGCCACUAUACGGGAGCAAGAACCCCUUUGAUUGGAUGGACAUGAUAAGUUUGGAAGGCAAGACAAACUUCUUUGAGAAGCGAGUCGGGGAGUACAGCAAAAGUGGAGUUAUGAGUUCAUUAGAUUCGAAAACAAGAAGCAAUUCACUGAACUUCGACGCCGACUUCUAAAGGGGGGUCGGGAAUCAGACAAGCUGGCCAGGCGCUUCUUCGCAAGGAAAUGAUCCUUCCUGCGUACCAACACAAACACGUCCAGAGGCAAAGCGCAAAGCUCUAAGAUGCACACAACGGAAUGUUGAUUGCUAGCCUCCCGAUUGUGAUCGGCAUAUCUGCGACUUCUUGAUUCAUGUUCUCCUUUCGGUAGUCAACAAUGUCUUUGUUUGAGAUGACACAGCUAUUAACCAUUUGUUCGCUUAAAAAGUUAAGCUGAAGAAGAUUCCUCUUUUAUUACUUCACAGCUCGCCCGUCCCUUUUCGGUUGGUUGCUCUUUUACUUACUAGUAGUAGAGUUAGCAGAAAGGAGCGCAUAUGAACGGUCCUUGCCUGUUCUGCAGAGCGUGCCAAACAUGGGAUCCCAAUCCUAGGCAGUGACUCUGAAGAACCUGAACACAGCACUCCAAAACCAUUGCAUGUAAGACUACCUCCACUAUAAUCAGCACUGUGGUGGAAGGCGGUCCCACAUCCAGCGUUGAGUACCUGACAACCUUGGUACUUGCCCACACAGGUCAAAGAUUGGGUGAGUGGCGACCUAGUCAGCCAACCUGUUGCUCGGCCUCUUGAGAUAAGUCACGAUGGGAUGCACGCCGGCUGUACUCAGGGCAUCAUCAACUGGUGGGUAGCGCCAAACAUCUCCAAUGAGCUUUGGCAUUUUGCCGGUAAUUCGGCAAGCCACCUUGUGAUAAAAGCCUCCCAAUAUGUGAAGCAUGGUGGAAGUGAGGGUCCACAUCUCAGACCCAUAAAACAGCACCGUCUGGACCACAGCCUUGCAGCAAUCGGGACGAACAGUGGAAAGCACUAUGCUCGGCCUCCCUGGUGACUGAGGACUCUGCCCAUGGAAAUCACAGCAAGCCGCAACUAAUCUUCGGAGUGUCCAAGGAGCAUGACCCAACCUGCUCCUGGAUUUUGUUGCUAGCUAGUGCUUCAUUUUACUCCCAAAGCUUUCGAACUGCUUCGCAUGGACUAACCAACCAGCCAACCACAAAAUCCCUUCAGAAAUCUGAGAGCUGCAAAAUAAAUAGUCUCUCUAGCUGGCUAGUAAAUAUCCAAUGCUGCCGCGUUUCGAUUCGAUUCUUCAUGCCAUCCACCCUGUAAGCAAAUAAACUCAGGAAAUCCAUAUCUUUGAAAAAGCAGCUCUGCUGGGUUGACUACGUCGGUGCCGAUCUUUUCA